CCCUCAGUAGACGGAGCGAUUGUCCAUUCGGAGGUCGAGUACUGAUCAGGCAAAAACGUCGUCUGCUAGAGAUCGGUUGUUUGCCCACGCCCGCUCGUAGGUCGAGUAUUGAUCAGGCAAAACGUCGUCUGCUAGAGAUCGGUUGUCUGCCCACUUCUCCCUUCUAUAAUUGAAACAAAGUGCAUCACCAUGACGGUCGAGGUGUACCUCAAGGAUAUGGGCUAUCUCCUAGAAGGCCCUCACUGGGAUGACGUCAACAAUAAACUCUAUUACGUCGAUAUCUUCGGGAACGCCAUCCAUCGAUACGAUGUCGCCUCGCAGAAGGAUGAGAAGGUCGAUAUAGGUGAGAGCGUAGGGGCCUCUGUCCCGACUCGCAGCGGGAAGACUCUGGUCGCUGCCAAGCAUAAGAUGGGCUAUUGUGAUUGGAGAACGGGUAACUUCGAGACCGUUGCUAUGGUGGACGAAGACAAGCCGACGACGAGAUUUAACGACGGAAAGUGCGACCCCGCCGGUAGAUUAUGGGCAGGUACAAUGGGCGCAGAGGAAGUAUUGGCUGGUGUUGAGAAAGGAAAGGGCUCCCUCUUUUGUCUUCAUUCUAACAUGAGGGUCACCAAACAUGUUGAUAAUAUUGACAUUUCCAAUGGCAUGGCGUGGACUGCUGACCGAAAAACUUUGUACUACAUUGAUACACUGAGACAUGGCGUCGAUGCUUUCGACUAUAACAACGAAACAGCUGAAAUUGGUAACCGUCGUCAAGUUGUGAAAGUUCCUGACGAAGAGGGCCUCCCUGACGGUAUGUGUAUCGAUAGCGAGGAUAUGCUGUGGGUUGCACUCUUCAAUGGUGACGUCAUUAAUAGAUACAACCCCAAAACAGGUGAAAAGUUGCAAACGAUCCGCUUCCCGACCACGAACAUUACAAGCUGCUGCUGGGGAGGACCCAACCUGGAUGAACUCUACGUCACCAGCGCCAAACAUUUCCUCACCGACGAACAAAAGAGAACACAACCAUUGGCUGGAUCUGUCUUUCGGGUCACCGGCCUCGGGGUCAAAGGGGUCAAGUGUGAACCAUUUAAUGAUAAUUAGACGCAUCAAGAAUUAAUACGCAUUGCUUAGAAUUACUUUGUAAUUUCAAUUUUGUUCUUCACUGUCGCAUAAAGUAUGAGAAAAUUAACUUUGUUAUAGUAAAUAGAUGUGAUAACAUAAUAUAUUAUCAGAAUAUAUAAGGACAAUAUAUUACAGUACC